GAUGGGCCCUCUGCCGGCGUGACUAUGGUCACCGCCCUUCUCAGCUUGGCAUGUAACACACCCACGCGUCCGGAUCUGGCUAUGACGGGUGAAAUCAGUCUUACGGGAAAAGUGCUCCCAGUCGGCGGUAUCAAGGAGAAGAUAAUAGCUGCUAAGCGUGUUGGUGUGAACACGGUCAUUUUGCCGGAAAUGAACCGCAAAGACUACGACGAUCUUGCAAGCUUUAUAAAGGAGGGCCUGGAGGUGCACUUUGUGAACCACUACUCUGAAGUCUUCCCUAUCGCUUUUCCGUCCCUUGCAAACUAA